AAAAUUUAGUCUGUCUCACAAAUUCAGGAGUAAAGACAACUGUUGCAACAGUCAGGGAAGAGUUUGCAGUUCGAUAUGAUCCUGCCUGAAGUGAACUUGUAGGCCUGACCCAUCCAUCCUGUGAUAAUCCUUUUCAUCUGAAGUGUCUGAAAGCUUAGAGUGAAGGAUUGAAAAGUUCAGUCUCCUUCAAUUCAGGAACAGCCUAGCAUUUACAAAUCAAAUGACGCCAUUCAAUAUUCUUCCUGACUCAGUCGAGUUUAUUUAAUAAACUGCAGGAAGUCAUUGUGUAUCAUCAGCUGACACACAUUAAAAAUGAAGAAUGAUGUGAAUUAUUUCUUGGAAAGAAUUGGAAUGUUGAAAUAUCAGGAGAUAUUUCAUGCUAAAGGAUUUGAUUUGGAGACUGAUGUAGUGCAUCUGACUUGUGUUGACCUGGAGGAGAGUCUGAUGAUAUCCUCAAAAUGGGACAGAGCACUGAUUAUAAAGCAUGCCCAGCACUAUCAACCAAGCCCACAGCUCCAAUUAAAUGAAUGGUUACAUAGCAACUACCUUGAUCACUACUUUGAAAGCUUUGUGAGGAGUGAGUUGACUGACCUCAAGGCUAUAGCUCAGCUUCAGCUACCCAAUGAGGAGCUUUAUGAUGAACUCGAAAUUGUUAUGCCUGGUCACAGGAAGAGAUUGGAGAGAGCAGUGAGGAAGCUUUGGCAAGAUCAAGCGAAAAGUGAAGGUGCAGAACUGCCCAUUACUCAGGGCUGGUGGGGCAAACCAGAGUGUCUGCCACAGGCAAAGUUUGACUUCUUGUGUGUGAGGGCAGCUCUCUUUUCCGGCAAGGAACGGCAAAAUAAAGUGCAUGUUGAUUUCAUGGUGGACUCGGGCAGUGAUGUGUCCACCGUCCAGGAAGACACCCUGAAGCAGCUGAACCUGGAGCUGCUAGGCUCUGUGUACAGCUGUGGCAUCCACGGGGGGAGCCACACCAACUUGUACAAGGCCAGACUGGCCGUUGGAACUCAGGAGAUGGACAUUGAAAUAAUGGCCAGCAAUUAUGAUUCUCUGGGCAGUCGAGUUGUUCGUAACUUUCGACAUGUCAUCGAUGGUCAGAAGCACAUCUGGCUCAAGGGAAACUACCGGGACUCACUGCCAGCAGUUCUUCCUCUUCCUGCCCCAUUGUCUGUUCCGGUGAGCAGGGCAAAAGAUGGUGCUGAGCCCAAUGCUGGCAGCAAGGUGUCUCCUCCAGAUGGAAAGAGUCUGUCUAUUGGUCAGUCUCUCCAAGAUGGUGAUGUUGGUAAACACCAAGGCAUAGCAGGAAGUGCCCUGGGAGAAGAUGUGGAUAUGUCAAGAGUACAACAAAAUGAGUCUUGCCUACGCAGUGAGAAUGCAAGUACUGUGUUAACAACUCUUGGUGCUACAGAAAAGAAGACCCAUGGAAGUGUCGAUUUAACAACUGGAAUACAUAAUUCUGGUAUUGCACAUGCCGGCAAAAAUGGGACCUUGUCUAUCAGUGUUUCAGAUUCCAAUAAUAAAAGACAACUUGAUGAAGUCAGCAACAACGUGAUGAUAGUGGAUAGAAAUUUUAGCAGUUCCUCCUUGAGUGACGAGAGCACUUCCGCAGAUUCGGGACUCACAUCAGCUACUUCAAAAGGAAAACGGACGCUGUCUCCAAAUUGUCAAGACAAAAAACGAAAGAAAACUUCUCUCCUGGACUACAAAAGAUUAGAAGGGCAAGGUGCACUGUUUGAUCAUCCUGUUCCUUUGACAGAACAGGAAAGAAAAGGUGUUGGUGAUGCCCCAGCACAGAUCUCCAUGAAGAAGUCUGUGGAGGAUUUCUCUUCUCCUACCACAACUCAGGCCUCCUCUUCAUCUUCUGUCUUCUGUUGCAAUGCCUCAAACAAUGCUUCCAAUGAGCCAAAUGCAAAAAGCAAUAGCUGCAACAAUUCACAUCAGGAUAGAGUAUCUCUAAAAAAUAUAGUGCCUGCCAGUCUUAGAGACACUGACGAUGACAUUGAUCAUAUGGACCCCUCAAAUGUAAGCAUAAACAACAACACUUGUGAGGACAUUCUAACUGUUUGGGAGCCGAGACCUUUCGGUGAAAGGGACGAGCACAUUGCUGAUGACAUUAUACACAUAUCUUAUGGGGAUGACAAUGAUCCUGAAGAAGAUGAAAUCAAACAUCCCUCCUCUCAUCUACAUUCCAGUUACUCUUCUUCCACUUCGCAAGAGAUGAGGUCUAUGUUACCGCAAAGACCAAAUGAUAUUGUGAUUGUUUCGCUUGAACAGCUAGAGGACUCUCAGAGUUCUUUGACCCAAAACUUCUCAUAAACUUUGAUUAUGUGUACUCAAAGCACUGAACAUGACUAUGUUGAAAAACGGGUUAGUUUUUAAUUCUUUCCAAAAGGAGUGUUAAGUUGUGCUUACUGUUAAGAGCAUUAUCAAGUACAUAAAAUGGGGAAUACAUGUUUCAAUGCUGGUUUUUAUGUAACCAAAACAGUGCUUUCUUUUCUUUUCUGAUACAGUGGCCAUUCCUUAUAUGGAAAUAUUUCUGAGCAGUGACAAAAUAAUGCAACUCACUCUUUUUGUGAUUCGUUUCCUAUUCAUAUAUUUGUCUGAAGCUCCUUUUCUUUUAUCAAUCAGCGGCGUAGGAAAAAGUUAACAUGCUGUUUGAUUGUCUUUACCUGAAGGCCAACACAACAUAACAAGAACUUGCUUGGCUAACGUGUUUACAGUACUCUAAGGUAUCGAAUAAGCAUCGCGGCCCCCCACCCCCACCCCCCUUUUUAAUUUUCUGAUUUUU